CCAGUGUGAUGAGAAACAAGCCAGUAUCUAGUCGAUGUUGGGAAUUUAGAAGUCAAAAGGAAGGAAGAAGAAACUCUCUCUCAAGAGGCUGGUUUUGCUGAACUCUUAACUUUAACCACUGUUCAGAAAGAAUAAAAGAGUAAAGUGUCCCUAUUGCAGCAGAAGAUUCCUAUCACUGUUGACAUGGGAGAGGAAGCGCAUACACAUACUGAGUGUGGAAGGAGGUAUAGUCAGCACAGACAUCUGCAGUCACAUCAAAGGACCCACACUGGGGAGAAACCCUAUACAUGCCUUGAGUGUGGAAAGAGCUUCAACCACAGUGGAAAUCUACGUUCACAUCAAAGGAUCCACACUGGAGAGAAACCCUAUACAUGCCUGGAGUGUGGAAAGAGCUUCACUAACAGUGGAAAUCUACUUUCACAUCAAAGAACUCACACUGGGGAGAAACCCUAUACCUGCCUGGAGUGUGGAAAGAGCUUCACUCACAGUGCAACCCUGCAUAAACAUCAAAGAACCCACACUGGGGAGAAGCCUUACAUGUGUGGGGAGUGUGGAAAGAGCUACACUGACCUUGGAACUCUUCAUAAACAUCAGAGGACCCACACUGGGGAGAAACCCUAUGCAUGCCUGGAGUGUGGAAAGAGCUUCGCUCAAACAGCACAUCUGUAUUUUCAUCAGAGAACCCACACUGGAGAGAAACCUUAUACAUGCUUGGAAUGUGGAAAGAACUUUAGUGAGAGUGGAACUCUAUAUAAACAUCAGAGAAUCCACACUGGGGAGAAACCCUAUACUUGCCUGGAGUGUGGAAAGAGCUUCACUCACAGCGCAACCCUGCAUAAACAUCAAAGGACCCACACUGGGGAGAAGCCUUACACAUGUGCAGAGUGCGGAAAGAGCUUCAUUGACAGUGGAACUCUUCAUAAUCAUCAAAGGACCCACACUGGGGAGAAACCCUAUGUUUGCCGGGAGUGUGGAAAGGGCUUCACGGAGAAUGGAACCCUACAGAAACAUCAAAGAACUCACACCGGAGAGAAACCUUAUAUAUGCUUGGAAUGUGGAAAGAACUUUAGUGAGAGUGGAAGCCUACAGAAACAUCAAAGAACUCACACAGGAGAGAAACCAUAUACAUGCCUGGAAUGUGGAAAGAGCUUCACCGAGAGUGGGAGUCUGCAGUCACAUCAAAGAAUUCACACUGGAGAGAAACCCUAUAAGUGUCCGGAGUGUGGAAAGAGCUUCAUGCGGAGGGGAAGUCUACGUUUGCAUCAAAGGACCCACACUGGAGAGAAACCUUAUACACGUCCGGAGUGUGGACAAAGCUUCACUGAGAGUGGAAAUUUACAUUCACAUCAAAAAAACGCACACUGGGGAGAAACCCUAUAAGUGUAUGGAAUGUGGAAAGAGCUUCUCAAUGAGAGUGGAACUCUACAUAAACAUCAUAGAACCCACACUGGGGAGAAACCCUAUAAGUGCAUGGAGUGUGGAAAGACCUUCACUGAGAGUGGAAAUCUGCUCUCUCAUCACAGAACCCACACUAGGGAGAAACCCAGCCUGGAGUGUGGAAAGAGCUUCGCUCGGAGUAGAAAGCUAUUUUCCCAUCAGAGAACCCACACAGGGAGAAUGCUGGUACUUGGCACCAGAGAGGUUCUCUUAAGAUGACAGAGAAACUCUAGAAAUGUAGGUGAGAGCACAAUGUUGGGAUGUUUUAUCGUAUUUGGUGGUCUUGCAGAAAGGCCCACAAAUCAUGGACUCAAAUACAGAUGGUGCUAGAAAAAAAUUGGUAAGGUUACAUUGUGAGGAAUCAAUUUCUGAUGGCAUGAAGACAUCACAAAUUCCCUCCGUGAUCUCCUGGCUGAAUCAUCCUGGCUGAAUAAAUUCUCUCUCUGUGACAUUUUGAAGCCAGCAGAGCACGCUGGAAAUCUUUUAUUUCUUGCUUGUGAAGCAACAAGUUCUAAUAAGGAAACUGAGAAGAGAGGGGAAGAGAUGGGCAGGAAAGGUGUCUCAAAGGAAGUGGUGGUGGGAAAAAGUCCGUACUGUCUUUCUUUGCUGCGGAGAUACAAGCAAUAUAUCCAUUUCAAAGCAGAA